CGGGCAUGUGGCGGGUGGUGUCAGCGGGGCGCCGGCUGCUGCCGUCUCUCUCCGCCGCGGCGGGGGGUGCCUGCCGGCCGGAGCCGCUCCCCCGGCUGGCUGGGGUUCCCCGUGGGGGCUGCGCGGCGGCGCGGGGCGCGGGAGGCGGCGGAGUUGGGGCGCUGGGGGCGGCGGUGGCGGCGGAGCAGCGCCAGGCGGCAGAGACUGUUCUUCCAAAGUUCAACAUUGAUUUUGUUGUAGCUCUGCUGAGGCAAGAAAAUGCAAAAGACAUCUGUGUCAUCCAGCUACCUCCAGAAAUGAAAUACUGUAAUUAUUUUAUAAUUGUGAGUGGAUCUUCAACACGACAUCUCCAUGCAAUGGCACAUUACAUGCUGAAAAUGUACAAGCAUCACAAAGAAGAAAGUGAUCCUCAGACUCAGAUUGAAGGGAAAGAGACAGAUGACUGGCUGUGCAUUGAUUUUGGCAGCGUGGUGAUCCAUUUCAUGCUGCCAGAGACACGGGAGGUUUAUGAACUGGAAAAACUAUGGACACUUGGUUCCUACGAUGACCAGUUAGCACAGAUGAUUCCACAGUCGCUGCCAGAAGACUUUAUACUUGGACUGACUCCUAACAGCAGCGAUGACCUUGAGACAAGAACUUAAUGCAGCUGCUGCAUUGAAGGAGAAAGGAGUGUGCUUCACAGCUCUGAGAGACACCUACAGUCUCGAUUGCUGACAUGACAGUCACUACAGUUGAUGAGUGCAAGCCUGUGUAUUUAUUGGGUGUGCCUGGGUAACGUUCUGAACAAGCUACAAAAAUGAUCAGAAUCAUAGAAUCAUUAAGGUUAGAAAAGACCCUUUAGAUCGAGUCCAACGGUAAAAUGUCAGAGAAGGAACGCUAUCGUAGGGGAGCUUCCUAAGGGAGUCACUGCCUCAAUGGAGGUAGCAGUGAGAAGAGCAGGGCAAAGGCAGCUGUUGACCCUGAAACUCAUGCUCAGUCUCUAGUGUCUUCGAAAGCCCUACCUGUAGUGGCAGUGUGGAAAUACCUGAGUGCUGCAGGCAAAAACUAUGUGAAAUUGUACAGUUUAGAUGAGGUUUCUCAUAUCAAGGCAUUUGCUGCUGGUCACACUGAAGCAAGUCACACUCCACGCUGAAGGAGGAGAGAAAAGAGACUGGUGUUACUGUGCACACAAAAGCCAAGAGCAGCAGUGACAAAUAAAUGUGUCUUGAGUUAACAGAACAGUAAGUCAGUUUUUCAGCCAAGGCCAAUCUGUUUCUAAUAAUAAAAAUUAAAAAAAAACCACAAACCAAAACCUGAAGAGCUUCAAUUCCUUGUCUUCACGUUAAAACAUUCAGCUCAUUCUUAGCAUACAGUUGGCUCCUCUCCUAGUGUUCUUCCCAGUUUCUGGAAAAGGACACUUCUGUGGCAGUGGAAACCUCCAGCUCCUUUGAAGUGGGCAAAAGUAGUUCUGAAGGAAGCCCUUAGUCACUGAGCGUUACUUGCUGCUAUCGGACUGCUCAGUGUGUGCUGACUGCUGCGUGCUCUGGUAACCAGUUAGAAGAGCUUUGAAAUGGUAAAAAAACACAGCUAUGUGAAACAAACUGCUUUUCUCCGCUGCAGGACAGGCCUUUCAUCACUAGAUGAGGAUCUCUUCCUUCUGGAGAAGCUUGCUCUUGCAUCAGUAAGCAGGAUCCUGAGGGUAAUCACCUUUUUCCCCUACAGCCCCCCAAACUAUAAGCCCUUUCUGCAUCUCUUCCCAGCACAGCAGCUGCUGGUUGUAAUGCUCAACGAAAGUGACCUUGUUUUUCAUGCCUGUGGUUGCGUUGUUUGGGGGAAAGAGUGUGUGUUUCAUUUCUUUA